UUCUGUUCUUUUUUUUCUCCCAACAAGCUCAAAAUGUAUCUCAAGAUGCAGAACCAGGUUCAGGUCACUUUUUAUUAAUUACAAAUUCCAACUGACUGUCCUAUUAAUUGUUGUCAGCUACCAUUAUUUGACUUUAUCAGAAUGUUUAAACUUAAUAAUGUGUGUCGCCUUUUAUCUGAAAUUUUCACUAGUGCUUUGUGCAAUUGUCCGCACACACGGAUAUUUACGUUUGUGAACGUCAGUCAAAAAUACAUGACAACCAGUAGAUGGUAGCAGCUCAUUUCUGUGAAUCGGGAGAGACGAAGGAGGAGUCACAAAUUAUCUCAUGCACCUAAAUCCUGCUCAUUACUCGAAUGUCACAAGGGGACAAAAAAAGUCACAGAAACAAUACUAGUAUAUAGGCAGUCAAAGUACUUGUUAAACAGGACUGCCUAGGCAACACCAGUUUAAACAAACUCUCUCCAUUGAGGUCCACUCUUCUUUGAGCCUUCUAACACAGGUAAGGAACAUGACAGUAUUAGAAACUUGAAACUUUGAUGUUAGCUGAGAGUCUUAAACUAUGGCAAUAUGGUAGCUGACUUUAUGUAAUCAUUUGGUUCACUGCCUAUUUUUACAGAAGUAUAUGAAGGUAAUGUAUUUACUUUGAUCAGAUUUAUACACUGAGGAAUAUACUUUUUGGGAAUAUGACACAUCUUUUCUGUUUUAUCUUCACUUGCUUCCCUAAAGACAGCUAAGAUAUAGCGGAUGGGGUCAGAGAUCAAAGCAGGACCAAUGCGUGUCCUGGUGACCGGUGGAUCUGGUUUGGUCGGCAAAGCCAUUGAGCAUGUGGUGCAACAGGAAUGUGGGAAGCGUGAGGGGGAAGAAUGGAUCUUCCUCUCUUCUAAGGAUGCAGAUCUUGUAGAUCUUGGGCAGACCAGGGCAGCGUUCGAGAAGCACCGCCCCACUCAUGUCAUCCACCUAGCUGCCAAAGUGGGAGGACUCUAUCUACACAUGAGAGAGAACCUGCACUUUUUGAGGGACAACAUCAAGAUCAAUGACAAUGUACUACAGACAGCCCAUGAGAUGGGAGUUACCAAGGUUGUGUCUUGCCUGUCCAGUUGUAUCUUCCCUGACAAAACUACAUACCCCAUUGAUGAGACCAUGAUCCACAACGGGCCACCUCAUGACUCUAAUUUUGGAUACUCACACGCUAAAAGGAUGAUUGAUGUUCAGAACAGGGCGUACUUCCAGCAGUAUGGACGUCUUUACACAGCGGUCAUCCCGACCAACGUGUUCGGCCCCCACGACAACUUCAGCAUAGAAAACGGCCACGUGCUGUCAGCGCUCAUUAACAAGACAUACAAAGCCAAAAAGGAAGGAACUCCUGUGAAUGUGUGUGGUUCUGGAGCUCCUAGAAGACAGUUCAUCUAUUCCCUGGACUUGGGCCGUUUAAUCAUUUGGGUGCUGAGAGAAUAUGAAGAGAUUGACCCCGUUAUCACUUCUGUGGGAGAGGAGGAUGAAGUCUCAAUCAAAGAGGCUGUGGACAUGAUAGCACAAGCUCUGGACUUCAAAGGCGAAAUACAUUUUGACACCAGCCUAUCUGAUGGCCAGCUGAAGAAGACAGCCAGCAACGCUAAGCUAAGACGCUACCUUCCUGACUUCACCUUCACGCCCCUCAAAGAAGCUAUAAAGAUGACCUGCGACUGGUUCGUGGCCAACUACAACAUUGCCCGGACAUGAAGUGACCAAAACAUACUGAGCUGAAAAUGAACCAACUGCAUCCUGUUUAUUUUAAUAUUACUUUGGAUUUCUGUUAACAAAGUUGUAUAUAUUCUCUAAUGUAAGGGCCUCUUCAGCUUUAAGAUCAUUACAGGGGUUAUUUUAGCUAAACUUUUCUUUAAUAUUUAAGGAAACAUUUUAUCAUUCAAAAUUAUUUAGAAAGGGCCUGAGAAAUACCAUUAUCUAAUCACUGCAGAAUAAUACAAACAGUCCAGGGUAAUCCCUUUCUACUUCAUAUGCAAAUAAGGAGCAAACAAAGCACAAACAAAUGGAUGUCAACUGAACACCCUCCCUCCAAAAGUGCACGGAAACAAUUCUACACAAAGGUGGAUGUACUGUUUACUGCAGACUGAAGUAUGGUCAGUACAUCUCCAGAGCAAUCAAAAUAAAAAGAGUUUAUAAUUCUAUAAUCCUAAUAAUAGGGUAUUUGUUUCAUAUUUGCAGAUAACUGAUAACUGUCAUUUUAAUUUUCUAUAUGAAGCAUCUUUGUUCAGUUCUUUCCAUGUAAUAAAAUCUCACAUUUCCAGUGUUGGU